AUGAAUAACUUCUCACCUAUUGCCAUUGUUGGCCUUUCGUAUCGUGCUCCAGGUGUCGGACAAAAAGGCUUAUGGGAAUUCUUAGCUGAAGCAAAGUCUGCCUGGUCGAAAGUUCCAGCUGAUCGAUUUGACCAAGAUGCGUUUUAUAACCCAGACUCUGAAAGGGCUGGCUGCUUCUCAUCACAGGGCGCCCAUUUCUUGCCUGACGAUAUCUACAGCUUCGACGCCCAGUUCUUCAAUUUGAGAGCCGAUGAAGCUCGCGCGGUUGACCCGCAGCAUCGCAUGAUGCUCGAAUGCGCGUUCGAGGCAGCUGAGAGCGCUGGUCUCAGUCUGGCUGAUCUUGCAGGCGCCAACAUAGGAGUAUUUGCAGCAAUUGGAUCGACGGAAUACACGCAGCAGUCAUCAGAAGACCUCUUCUCUACAACAACAUGGACAGCUCUCGGAGGAGCACCUUGUAUGUUCGCCAACCGGCUAUCGUAUUUCUUCGAUAUCCACGGCCCCUCCAUCUCACUCGAUGCUGCAUGCGCAAGCAGUACUUAUGCAAUUCACAUGGCUUGCCAAAGCCUUCGAACCGGCGAAUGCAACGCCGCAUUCAUAGGUGCAUCAUCACUAAUCAUGGGCGCAACUCAGUGGAAUGUUCUCGACAAAUUGGGAGCACUAUCACCAGAGGGUAAAUGUUUCUCUUACGAUACAAAGGCUUCGGGAUUCGGUCGCGGCGAAGGUGGUGCAUGUCUACUGGCUAUGCGCCUGGAGGAUGCACUCAAAUCCGGCCAUCCAAUUCAAGCUAUCGUUCGCAAUUCUGCCGCCAGCCAUUCCGGUAGAUCAGAAGGUAUCACUAUGCCAAGCAGAGUAGUCCAAGAAGCGUUGCUCUUACGCGUGCACGAAGAGGUUGGCCUAAAUCCAUCCGAGACGCCUGUUGUUGAGGGCCAUGGAACCGGCACUCAGGCCGGUAGUGAUCCAAUCGAAGCUGGUGCUUUCGCGACCGUAUUGGGGAACGAGCGAACGCCAUCCGAUCCGUUGUACAUCGGAUCUCUGAAGUCAAACUUUGGCCAUCUAGAAGGCGCAAGCGGGAUUCUCGGCGUUAUCAAAGCGAUCAUGAUGAUUCAGCGUGGAUGCAUCUUGCCUAAUUCCGAAUUCGAGGAGUUCAACCACAACAUCGAAGGGAGGGACAAACUAAAG